AUGCCGAAACCUUACUUUUAUAGUGUGCCCGAGCACAUUUCUUUAUCAAAGGCCCAGCAUCGGAAAUUCACUGAGCUGGCCGACGCCAUAGUAGCUGAAACGUUACAGACAAACGAAUUGUUUGUUGCAGACGAUCGACAGCUACCAAAUGAUCAGUGGAAACACGUCAAGUCUAAAGAAAAGAUGCACGUGUAUCGAUCACGACAUGCUUCUAAGGCAAUGAGACCACGGGGACCGUCUCAAGACGAGAAGCAGCCAAGUCGACCUCGUUUUCUCUCACUCUCAGCUGUCGAACUCCAUGAACGAGAGACUACGGGUCGGCCGUAUGGCUACAAUGACGAGACAUAUAUGUCACUCAAGGAAAAAAUAAGCACCAACACACAUAGUUCGUCAAGUGAUGGGGAGUCGUUUUCUUUAGAGGAUGAUUGUGUCUUAGCGAAGAUAAAACCGUCGCAUAUCCCACUCGUGGUAGCUACUGGAGCUAUUGACGGUACCAUUGAGAAUGUUGCUUUUGGCAUGUUCUCGAAUACAAAAAACUCUUGGAUUAUUUGCAAUUCGUACGUCCAUAACGACGUAUUUGACGAUCGAAAAGUGCUGGCGACGUUACAGUUGCCUUCUGUAGAAGAUCCUUUUCGAUCAGUGACUAUCAAGUGGGCAACUGGUUCCUUUGGUGCCUUUACAACACGACGAGAUUUUCUUUACCUUGAGUCGAUGGGUAUGGCCUUCGAUUCAGACGGCGAAGAAAUCUUUUACAACCUAAUACACUCUAUUGAACUGGACGACUUGUGUCCUCCGACCGAGCAUUGCAAUAUCAUUCGAGCCCAAAUUUCGACCUGUUAUAUUGCCCGACAGCUUAAUGACCAUAGUGUCGAUAUGUUUUGCCGCGGUUUUGUUGAUCCUCGAGGUGAUAUGGUGGAGAGCUAUGGCAUUCUUAUGCUGGCACACACAGUGUCUGUUUGUUCGGGUUAUGUGGAGUGUUCAAAUCUUAAAAAAUUGGAUUGGCUCAUGCGUCAAAGCAAUCUGAUCAGUCCCAUUACAGGAACAGAGUGUGGUGUUUGCCACAAACCCCACAAGAAGCGCUCUCUUCUUCAUUCGCCAACAGGGUGCACCAUAUGUCGGCGCUUGACAUGUAGCAAGUGCAGUGUGCAAAAGAAACUCACAGUUGACGUUACUGAUGGGAUCGUGCAGAAAGGUUUUACUUUUUGCUUGUCGUGUGUCAUGGUAGCAAAAAAAUUGUCGGCAUGGGAAGUUGCUGCGGCAGCAGUGCGAAGCAAAGAAUCUGUAAGCUGA